AUGAGCACCGCCGAAGGCAGUGAGAUGCAUAGUAAUGAUCACUUACCGCACGGUACUCUAGGUGAAUACGAUCAGGUUACGUACAUACUGGCGACUCAGGCAGAGCAGGCGACGUAUACGCGCGGUGGUCCUGACGAGCCCAUGCUUCACGCGGAUCAGGGGGGCGGUCACCCAUCUUACACGAGCCGGGGACAAAACGAUGUAACGAUGCCGGAUUUGCACGCCUUUCCCGACCAAGCGCUCGAUGGGAAAGGCGGUCCCGGCGUCACACCUAACCCGACAGCUUCACGUAGCUACGCGUCAGCCGUCUUGGAAGCCAGCAAAUCCGCCGACCGCAAUUGUGUGCUGAUCCGGACAGCGACCUGUGAAAGGAAGGAAAAGGCAGACAAUAUGACGAGGUGA